UAGUUUUAGUUUUAAGUUUGAGUGUUUGUGUGGAGGAGAGAGAGAGAGAGAUCGCCCAUCCCUUCCCUUUCCUUUUUCCUGUAUUCGCUCCUCCGUUUCUGAGGUCAUGUCAUGGUGAAUUUCAAUGUCCGUCACCGCCGCUUCCUCCUCCAUGCACCACCAAGAUGUUUUGUGGCAAAUGAACAUGCGAUCAAGGGAACAACAUAUGGAAUAUGGACCAUAUCCAGUGCGUGAAGGAGAACCCGAUUGUUCAUACUACAUUCGAACUGGAGUAUGCCGAUUUGGCCCUACAUGUCGAUUUAACCACCCUCCUAACAGAAAGCUUGCUAUUGCCACAGCAAGGAUGAAAGGUGAAUAUCCAGAAAGGAUAGGACAACCUGAAUGUCAGUAUUAUUUACAAACGGGGACAUGCAAGUUUGGAGCCACAUGCAAAUUUCAUCAUCCUCGAGACAAAGCUGGGAUCACCGGACGAGUUUCCUUAAAUGUUUUGGGAUACCCACUUCGCCCGAAUGAGAUGGAAUGUGGAUAUUAUAUGAGGAAUGGACAGUGCAAAUUUGGAAGUACUUGUAAAUUCCAUCACCCCCAGCCAUCAAAUAUGACGGCAUCUUUACGUGGUUCUGCCGUAUAUCCUCCAAUUCAGUCUCCUACAACCAGCCAGCUGUCAUAUCCAUUGACAAGAGCUUCUUUUAUAGCCAGUCCACGGUGGCAAAGCCCUUCAAGUUAUGCACCACUUGUCAUGCAGCAGGGAGUGGUAUCUGUGCCUGGAUGGAACACAUACAUUGGUCAACUCGGUUCAGUUCUAUCUUCUGAAAACCAACCUCCUUCAGCAGUAAACAUCCAAAAUGAUGGAGCAUCACAUCAGGGCGACUCUGGAAAUGUUGCAUCUGAGUAUGGUGCUGUACCAAUGGGAUAUUAUGCAUUCCAAAAGGAUAAUGUAUUUCCUGAGAGACCAGAUCAACCUGAAUGCCAGUUUUAUAUGAAAACUGGGGACUGCAAAUUUGGUGCAGUUUGCAAGUUUCACCAUCCUAAGGAAAGACUGGUUCCUGUUCCUGACUGUCACUUGAGUCCAAUUGGACUUCCUUUACGGCCGGGGGAGCCUCUAUGUGUAUUCUACUCGCGAUAUGGUAUCUGCAAGUUUGGUCCAAGUUGCAAAUUUGACCACCCCAUGAGAGUUUUUGCAUACAAUACCCCUGCCUCAUCAUCAACUGACCCUACAGCUGUUCGUCGGUUUUUGGCAUCUUCACCGGGAACAGUUCCAAUAAAUUUCUCCCCAGAUGGACUCAUCGACACAAGCUCCACAAGAAAUAGGCGGCUCUCUUUGUCAGAGACUAUACAAAAAUCCUCGGGUGACAAUAACACUGACUCAGAGUGAAAAUAUUUCUUCCAAAAGUAAUUGAGUUAUUGUCCUAUUUACUUUGGAAGAUAAAUAAAUAACAGCUUCCUGUAUAUUCAUUUCCCUGGCUGGAGAUGUACAUAAUUCAAUUCCAAGUCGAUCUGCUUUUCUGAAGAUGCAGUUCAAUUGACUAGAUUCACUACUUAAACUUGCUGCAAUGUAUAAAUCUGCAAAUGUUAUCACAUUUGUUAAAAGGCAGUGGUGGAUGUUUCCAAUUUUUGAGAGCCGUCAUCAUUUUCAUAUAUUUCUAUCACUUCUGACAGUCUUCUGAGCAUUUGUUUUUGCAGCAGGGUUUGCCUCUCCGGCAAUAGUCUUCCCAAAACUAUACAGGGUCAUUCCUUGCGCUAAUAGCUAUUUCUGCUGAUUAUGGUUGAUUUCCUCUGUGUUUAAAAUGCUUGCUAUGUCCCCUCCAUUUCAUUAUCAUUAGUAAGAAUUAUCAUAUAGUUUCCGAGCAUUACUUUGUUAACAUGAGCAUAAUUAUCUCUCCACUAAUUUUUUAGACAUCUUUUUCUACUGAUUAAUGUUAAUGUCCUAUUUGUCUGGAACUCAUGCUACAUCCAUUCGUGUAAUGGUUAUUAGUGAGGAUUAUCACAAUUUGUGAGCAUAAUUUUGAGAAGCUAAGGUGUUAGUAUUCUCUUAUUACCAAUGUUUGCUUCUUUAGUUUCUCUAUCAGGAAUCUAAUGUCUCUCUUCAUUGACCAUGCUAGUGGUCAAACGAUUAGGUAAUUAUGAAUUUAUGAUAUGUGCUAUUACCUGUCAGUGAUGCUAUUAGGCUAGUAAUUUUCUGUGUCAGCAAUAUGUAUGGUAAUUUAUGACCAAUAGGUUUCUGUUAAACAGUAUUGAUGUAGAAGUAAGAAAAGUGCACUGGAUCUGUUGAAGUAAGAAAAGUGCACUGGAUCUAUAUCCAGACACGUCAAACUAAGUAUAACCUAUUUUUGUGGUUUGUCUAAUUUAAGUAUGGUUUGUGGGUCAUAUGUUCUAUGGAAAUGGGAAGGGACUGGAAGCAAGUGUUUUUAAUUCAACCUACAUUGAUUCAAGUUGUAUGUGAUUGAGUUCUAACAUAAUCUGAUCAGACUUAAAGAUAAAACCAUGAAAAAAAGAUACUAUAUCUUUCUAUAAGAGCCAAGUCCAGGGGUAGUUGUUCCAUGAUUGAAAGCAAUUCAUUGAGAAAGCUAAAGAUCAAGUUUUGCUGUGCCAAAACAGAAUCAGCUCAGAGAUUGCUAUACUUAUCAAUUAGGAUCUGCAAAGAAACAGCGAAGGAAAAGUGGCGUGCUUCACUUAUCCUAUGUAGCAGUAUAUUUUUCUGAGGGGCAAUUAGCAGAACAUCACAGGCAGUAAGGAAUGAAUGCAAGUAUUCGUGGAAUUUUCUGGUGUGCUGAUUCUUUUAUUCAUCUCUAGUCGCCAUCAACAACUGAUUGUUUAUGGUGGCGGCGGAGGAUAUGGUGCCGCUGGGGAAGGAGAUGAUGGUGAUGUGAAUGAUAGCACAAGGAGUUGGGGAGCUUUCAGAUUUGUUCACUUUGCACUUGCUGUGGAGGUGAAAGCAGAAGCUACUGUUUGCCAUCUCCAUGCUGCUAUGCUAUCAAUUGCAACAUUCCAAACAGGCCCUUUGGAUCUGUUCUUUCACUCCCAAAACUUUUGCUGGCAGUGAAGCUGAACAACAAAAUCUCUGCUGAGAUUCCUCCAUGCAAGGGAUAGUUUGAGGAUAUAGCAACAACAGAAACUCUGGGGAGGGACCAUACCUUGCAAGUCGUUGGAAGUUGUCGAUUUGAGCUCUCUCAACGAUGCUGUAUCCACAUGGUCCUAGCUUGGAUUUUUGUCCAUCUCACAUAGUAUGCUGAAUGGAUCCCUACCGAGCUGGUUGGUCACAUUCGAAGCAAUCAAUCACAUAACAUAAUUGUCUCUCAGGGAUCAUCCCACAAGGCAGGGCUACUGAGGGCAUUUGCAGGCAACCCGGGUCUCUGCCACAAGGAGUCAUCAUGCAAUGGGAAGGGACAGCCUGCGAUGCUAUUUAGAUAUGGGAGUGAACAGGGACUGACUUCAGUGAGGAUUUUGUGUGUAACUAGUUUUGUAAGUUUCUAUACUGGUUAUAUUGAUCUUUGUUUUUAUGGUCUAA